AUGGACAGACCAGAGCUGUUGGAGUCGCCCCGAAAGCGGCAGAAGACAGACGAUGUACCCGUGGAUGCUGCCCUGUCAAUUGACGGUACUGCGGACAAGCUACCAGAGAGUGUGGGGCCCAGCGAAGAUGUCCAGGCAUUGAAGGAGAUCGAGGUGGGGAUCACCGAGUAUGUGAGCGUCGACAAUGAGGGCUUCUCGGGUAUUCUGAAGAAAAGAUACACCGAUUUCCUGGUCAACGAGAUCUUGCCGUCUGGCGAAGUCCUCCACCUCCGAACCACGAAAGAUCCAAAUGCGAAGAAAAACACCGAGAAGGCAUCAAACCCUGCACCGGAAACUGAAGCAAAGGCCCCCCAAGAGCCAGCUGAAGCUGCCGAACCCAAAGAGAUCAAAGCGGAAGAGUUCAAGGUAUCGGAGGAGGACAAUGCUCUUUUGGUGGAAUACUGCGGUGCUGAAAAUGCCGCCAAGAUUGUGGCACUCCACAAGCGUGCCAUGACAAACCCCAAAGCCAAACCUGCUGAACUGGGUAAGGUCAUGGCCGCCGUAUCUGACCGCGACUUGCGUACCAAGAUCCACCAGGCCAUUCGCCGCAUUUUCAACUCACAGCUGGAGUCUAGUACCGACGCUGAAGGGGUGCUGACUAUCACGGCAGCUCCCAGUCGCAACAAGCGCAAUGCUCAGGGCGGCGGCGGGCGCGGUGGACGUCCUCGAGACUCCCGGCCGAACUGGGAUGAGCUCGGCGGCCAGUAUCUGCACUUCACCAUCUACAAGGAGAACAGAGAUACCAUGGAGGUGAUCUCCGCUCUGGCGCGCAUGCUCAAGAUGAGGCCCAAGGGCUUCGAGUUUGCGGGUACCAAGGACCGACGAGGCGUGACCGCGCAGCGCGCCUGCGUUCGUCACGUCCAUGCCCAUCGCAUUGCGGGUCUGAACUCGAGCCUCCGCAAUGUUGUGGUGGGUGACUUUGAGCACCAGAAACAUGGUCUCGAUCUGGGUGAUCUCAAGGGAAAUGAGUUUGUGAUUACUCUCCGCGAAUGCGAAAUCCCCGGUGUGGAUUUCAGCAACCCACAGGCUGCUAUCGCCAAGGCGUCGGAGCUUGUUGGUUCGUCGUUGAAGAAUCUUCACCAGCGGGGAUAUCUCAACUACUACGGCUUGCAGCGAUUCGGAACCUUCUCGGCUCGGACAGACACAAUCGGUGUCAAAAUGCUGCAGGGAGACUUCAAGGCUGCCUGCGAAACCAUUCUGGAAUACAGCCCUCACGUUCUCGAAGCGGCCAAGGAAGGCGAGGCCUCCAAGGCGCUGAUCAGCACCGACGACAAGUCCCGCGCUGAAGCAAUCCACCUCUUCGAAACCGGCGGUAACACCCACGAGGCUCUGGAGAAGCUCCCGCGGAAGUUCUCCGCCGAAUCCAUGCUGAUCCGCCACUUGGCCCGAUCCAAGAACGACUACAAGGGAGCAUUGCAGGCCAUCCCACGCAAUCUGCGGCUGAUGUACGUGCACGCUUACCAGUCCCUGGUCUGGAACUUCGCCGCUGGAGAGCGCUGGCGGUUGUACGGUGACCGCGUGGUGGAAGGCGAUCUGGUCAUUGUGCACGAGCACCGUGACAAGGAAGCCAAUACUGAAGACGAGACUGCCAACGUCGAUGCAGACGGCGAGGUCGUCGUGGUCCCCGAAGGCGAGAACAGCGCUUUCGCAGCCGAGGACAUGUUUACGCGCGCGCGAGCCUUGACCGCCGACGAAGCUGCCAGCGGCGAGUACUCCAUCUUUGACGUUGUGCUGCCCCUGCCGGGCUUUGAUAUUAUCUAUCCGCCCAACCAGCUGACGGACUUUUACCGUCGCUUCAUGGGCAGCGAGCAGGGCGGGCACCUUGAUCCGCUCGACAUGCGCCGCAGCUGGAGGGAUAUUAGCCUGAGUGGCAGCUACCGCAAGGUCUUAAGCCGCAUGGGAGCGGACUUUUCCUUUGAUAUCAAGCUGUACUCGAAUGACAACGAGCAGUUUGUCCAGACAGACCUCGAGAAACUGAAACAUGGUGAGAAGGAUGCCUCUGUUUCUUCUGAAUCGGCUGGUGAUAAGGUUGCCGUUGUGCUGAAGUUCCAGCUGGCUUCGAGCCAGUAUGCUACCAUGGCUCUCCGGGAAUUGACCAAGGGGAAGGUCAAGGCAUACAAGCCUGACCUGGGCGGUGGAAGAUAG